ACCUGGAGGUCGCUGUCAAGUGCAUUAACAAGAAGAACCUCGCUAAGUCCCAGACUCUGCUGGGGAAGGAAAUCAAGAUCCUCAAGGAAUUGAAGCAUGAAAACAUCGUGGCUUUGUAUGACUUCCAGGAAAUGGCCAAUUCCGUCUACCUGGUCAUGGAGUACUGUAACGGCGGGGACCUGGCGGACUACCUGCACACCAUGCGAACGCUGAGCGAGGACACCAUCCGGCUGUUCUUGCAGCAGAUCGCGGGCGCCAUGCGGCUCCUGCACAGCAAGGGCAUCAUCCACCGGGACCUGAAGCCACAGAACAUCCUGCUCUCCAACCCAGGCGGGCGCCGCGCCAACCCCAACAACAUCCGGGUCAAGAUUGCUGACUUCGGCUUCGCCCGGUACCUUCAGAGCAACAUGAUGGCAGCCACACUCUGCGGCUCCCCCAUGUACAUGGCCCCCGAAGUCAUCAUGUCCCAGCACUACGACGGGAAGGCGGACCUGUGGAGCAUCGGCACCAUCGUGUACCAGUGCCUGACAGGGAAGGCGCCCUUCCAGGCUAGCAGCCCCCAGGACCUCCGCCUCUUCUACGAGAAGAACAAGACGCUGGUCCCCACCAUCCCCCGGGAGACCUCGGCCCCGCUGAGACAGCUGCUCCUGGCUCUGCUUCAGCGCAACCACAAAGACCGCAUGGACUUCGAUGAGUUUUUCCAUCACCCUUUCCUUGAUGCCAGUGCCGCUGUGAAGAAGUCCCCGCCGGUGCCCGUGCCCUCCUACCCCAGCUCGGGCUCCGGCAGCAGCUCCAGCAGCAGCUCCACCUCCCACCUGGCCUCCCCGCCGUCCCUGGGAGACAUGCAGCAGCAGCUUCAGAAGACCCUGACCUCCCCGGCUGACGCCGCCGGCUUCCUGCAGGGCUCCCGGGACUCAGGCGGCAGCAGCAAGGACUCGUCCUGUGACACGGACGACUUCGUCAUGGUCCCGGCCCAGCUUCCAGGUGACCUGGUGGCCGAGGCAGCCGGCGCCAAGCCCCCGCCGGAUAGCCUGAUGUGCAGCGGCCGGGCUGGCCCGUUCUCUGGCAGCAGGUGCGGUGCCUCUGUCCCCAUCCCAGUCCCCACUCAGGUGCAGAACUACCAGCGCAUUGAGCAGAACCUUCAGUCACCCACCCAGUACCAGACUGCGCGGUCCUCCGCCAUCCGCAGGUCGGGCAGCACCAGCCCCCUGGGCUUUGUGCGGGCCAGUCCGUCGCCCCCGUCUCAUGCAGAGCAUGGCGCUGCCUUGGCCAGGAAGCUCUCCCUGGGUGGGGGCCGGCCCUACACACCGUCUCCCCAGGUCGGAACUAUCCCCGAGCGGCCGGGCUGGAGCGGGGCGCCCUCCCCACAAGCUGCCGAGAUGCGGGGGGGCAGGUCCCCUCGUCCAGGCUCCUCUGCACCCGAGCGCUCUCCCCACACUGCCGGGCUGGGCUGCCGCCUGCACAGUGCCCCCAACCUGUCUGACCUGCACGCCGUCCGCCCCAAGCUGCCCAAGCCCCCCACGGACCCGCUGGGGGUGGCGUUCGGCCACCCCCAGGCCAGCCCCCCCCAGCCCUCCCACGGGCUGCAGUCCUGCCGGCCCCUGCGUGGUUCGCCCAAGUUGCCCGACUUCCUGCAGCGGAACCCCCUGCCCCCUAUUCUGGGCUCCCCCACCAAGGCCCCACCUGCCUUCGACUUCACCAAGACCCCCAGCUCCCAGAACCUGCUGACCCUCCUGGCCCGGCAGGGCGUGGUCAUGACUCCGCCUCGGAACCGGACGCUGCCCGACCUCUCGGAGGCAGGGCCCUUCCAGGGGCAGCAGCUGGGCGCGGGCCUGCGGCCCACAGAGGACGCCAAGGGCCCCUUUGGCAGGUCCCUCAGCACCGGCCGCCUCACCGAUCUGCUCCUUAAGGCCGCGUUUGGAACGCAGGCCCCUGACUCGGGCAGCACGGACAGCCUGCAGGAGAAGCCCAUGGAGAUCGCGCCCUCUGCUGGCUUCGGAGGGAACCUGCACGCAGGAGCCCGCGCUGGGGGGGCCAGCAGCCCCUCCCCUGUGGUGUUCACCGUGGGCUCGCCCCCCAGCGGGAGCACGCCGCCGCAGGGCCCCCGCACCACCAUGUUCUCAGUGGGUUCCUCCAGCUCCCUCAGCUCUGCCGGCUCCUCGUCUGCCCGCCACCUGGCUCCUGGAGCCUACAGCGAGGCCGCCCUCGAGGUCCCCGGCCCUGGCCACUGCUGCAGCUUUGCCGACCCCGUCGCCGCCAACCUGGAGGGGGCCGUGACCUUUGAGGCCCCUGACCUCCCCGAGGAGACUCUCAUGGAGCAAGAGCACACGGAGACCCUGCACAGCCUGCGCUUCACCCUGGUCUUCGUCCAGCACGUCCUGGAGAUCGCAGCCCUGAAGGGCAGCGCCAGCGAGGCGGCCGGGGGGCCUGAGUACCAGCUGCAGGAGAGUGUGGUGGCCGACCAGAUCAGCCUGCUGAGCCGCGAGUGGGGCUUCGCGGAGCAGCUGGUGCUCUACCUGAAGGUGGCCGAGCUCCUCUCCUCCGGCCUGCAGACCGCCAUCGAGCAGAUCCGGGCCGGCAAGCUGUGCCUGUCAUCCACCGUGAAGCAGGUGGUGCGAAAGCUGAACGAGCUGUACAAGGCGAGCGUGGUGUCCUGCCAAGGCCUGAGCCUCCGGCUGCAGCGCUUCUUCCUGGACAAGCAGCGGCUCCUGGACCGCGUCCAGAGCGUCACCGCCGAGAAGCUCAUCUUCAGCCAUGCGGUGCAGACAGUGCAGUCGGCUGCCCUGGACGAGAUGUUCCACCGCCGGGAGGACUGCGUGCAGCGCUACCACAAGGCCCUGCUGCUCAUGGAGGGGCUGCAGCAGAUCCUCACGGACCAGGCGGAUGUGGAGAACAUCGCCAAGUGCAAGCUGUGCAUCGAGCGGAGACUCUCGGCCCUGCUGACCGGCAUCUGUGCCUGACCCCCUACUCCCCGAGGCCCGGCUCGUGGUGCCCGAGGGUCUGGACCUUCUCUGCCGAUCCUGCGGGGUGGGGAGCAUCGUGCUGGCCGGGCAAGCCGGCGGCCUUGGCACUGCUCGCUGGUGCCUGGGCAAGGACUGCCCCACGCCCCACCCAGUGUCCGGAGCUGGGUCUCCAGCUGCAUCUCCCGGGCUCUGUGGCCAUGAACUUCAGGGCACUGGAAGGCCUCACCCAGAACCUCAACUCAGGCCAGUCCUCUGGCCUCGCUGACGGAUGGGCAGAACUCCCAGCCGGCAAUCAGAACUUCUUUCCCGGCUGCCUCGAUGACAGGUGGGGAUGCGUGGGCAUCUCCUGAGCCUGCCAUGACCCCAGGGCCGUCCCGCCCAGGACAGGCAGAGGCCCUGAGACCGUGAUGCCCACUCAAGCCAAAGCCGCCAGGCCUGCCCAGCGGACCCACCCAGGAAAAGGUGUGUCCUCCUGGCUCCUUCCUCUGUCCUUCCCUGAGACCACCCCUCAGCUUUGUGAGUCACCCAGCACUUUAUUCAGGCGGACUGGAACCGGGACGCCCUCGGUCCCAUCGGUUGCACUACAAGGCGCGUGUACACAUCUGUACCCACGUGCACGUGUGUAAAUAGCCCCACGAGCACGUGCGCUGUGCCUGCCGCCCGGGGCCUCUCGGGGACACACAGCCGUCUUAAGUAAUGUUCUUUUAGGGACGGACAGUAUGAAGCACCAAGCUUCCUGAACCCAGCAGAGACGUUGCGGUCUUUCACACUUUACUGCUAAAAUGUGUCUUAUUUUCUGCAGCUCUUUUUUUAAGAAGACUUGUACGAAUUGAGGAUGUUUUGUUUUGAAAGGGUGAGGGCAGGAUGGGGGCAGCCUCGGCGUCAUCGGGGAUGCGGAGACCUAGGGGACAUGUGGUCUGCCCAGCCCCUGCCCAUGUUCCCUGCCCGCACAUGGUGGGCAGGUGAGCUGGACCCUUUUUGUGUGCCAGCUUUCACAGUGGGUUUUGAUGUCAAGUCCCCCUGGCCCCCAGCCAGGUCCUGGCCGCCAGGGCGGGGUCAGUGGGGAAGCAGCCUUCCCCGGUCGGCCUGGCUCUGCCUAGCUCCCCUCGAGCAUGUCCCCAAGAGCGCAGAGGGAGCCUGUGCCCGUCCAGGCACCCGGGGCAGGGGCUUUGAGGCCUCACCACAGACGCGGUGAACGAAGACCCUCCGUGUUUCUCUCUGCAAUACUUGAAGUCUUGCCGCUCUGCUUGGACCUGGAAGAACAGCAGCCCUGGGACUCGUUUCUGUCUCAUCACCGUUGACUUGAGUUUCUCCUCCCGCGCAGAACGUGUUUGUAUUUAUUGCUUUAUGGUCGGCUGGAAUCCGGGGCCCCGGGAGGCUGGCGCCCCAGGAGGGGCCUUGCAGCUUCCCGUCCCCCUGCCCGCCGACCCUGUUCUCCAUGACACGGCUGUCGACUCUUGGUCUACUUUAAAAGAAGUUUCGUGUGGCCCUCUUUGCGUUAAGUUGUGUAAUAUCAAUUUAAGGAAAUAAACCUUUGGAGAUGUUAAGCUGGUGUGACUGGUGGUUGGUUUGUCACUGUCUCUGGUUCUCCUGUCGCCUCUGUUCUGCAGCAGCAGAAUUUUGGAGGUCAGGCUCAGGGCCAGGCUGGGCGCUCAGAGAUGUGGGGUCCAGCUUGUGCCUGUCCCCCACCCGUGUCCCUGCCGAGUUGGCUCACCCAGGCCCUCGGGAUGCCUGCCUCUCAGUCCCCUGCGGCUACAUGGAGGAGGGGGAUGUGGGUGGGGUGGGGACUCCGCGUUUCCCGAUGACGCACCAGGCUGGACUUGGACAGCGGCCGCACCAUUUCCACCCCCAACCGUUCUCCACAUCCGGGUCAGUGGGAGGCGAUCGCCGCUGUGGCUUUCAUUUGCAUGUCCCUGAUGGUUAGUGACUUUGAGUGUCUUGUCCUGUGUUUUGAUGGCACUUCUCUAGCUCUUUUUUGGAGAAACCUCUCUUCCAGGCGUUUGCCUGCUUUUUUCUCUUUUUUGUUGUUGAGUGGUAUGGUUUGCAUUUUUUAAACGAUGUAUUGUUUUAAUAAGUUAAAAAUAACUUGAUAAGUUACCAAAAAGGCUAACCACAAUGUGAAUCGAAAGUUCGUGGAGAGGCAGUGUGAGAGGAAGUGGAAGGUGG